AUGUUGCUUGUAGAAGAAGUCCUCAAACACCGGAGGCACAACAAGAAGGACUGGACGCAGGUCUACCAACACCUGCAACCAACAGAAGCACCAGAGGCAUUUGAACCUGACGAGACAAUCGAAGAAGAAUCGAACGAGUCGAAUAUCAAAUACGAAGACCCAAUUAACGACAACGAGAUGUCGGAUAACGCGGGUGGCUCUAGUAGUCGUGAUGAUGUGAGUGAGGAAACUCGCAUGAGAUUGGAGAUCGCGAGACUCCAGCAUGAAGUUCAACAGAUGAAAGCAAGUAGGGGUGAACCCUCUGCUAGUGAUGAGAACAUUAGUGCGGAUUUAGCAAACUAUCUGCAGAGAAAGGGCAGAACGUCUGCUAUUGUGAAGAUUCUUAAUGAAUUCCGUGACCAAAUGAGAGACAACUUGGACCCAAAGAGGAUGCCAGUGCUGAUAUGCAACGGUUUUGGAAAGAAUGCAAUAUGUGGCUGUAUAACUAUUCUGUACAUGUGGUUUGCAAUCACUCCGCAAGCAAGAUCUUAUCUUGUUACACCCAAGGAACUAUCUGCCUAUGCUCUGUGGACAGCUAUAGAAGAUAUCUUUGCUGGGCGGCCUGCCAGCAAUUCCAACACUGCCAGCAAUGCCAACGAUGCCAACGAUGAUGUUGGUGAUGAUAUCAGCGAUACCAGUGGUGAUAGCGGCUACGGCAGUGUGGAUAUUGAUAUGGAUUCCAAGAUGGAAUGUUUGGAUGGAUCAAUGGAGGACAAUCCUACAAGUGAUAACAAUCCUACAAGCGAUAACAAUCCUACAAGCGAUGACGAUCCUACAAGUGAUGAUGAUCCCACAGGCGAUGAUGAUCUUGAUACUGAUAGCGACCGUGAUGUGGAUUGGGGGGGCGAUGGGCACCCUAUAUCUAUCAAUAUGAUUGUGCGAAGAGUGAUCUAUGGGAAAGGAUGGGUGGUAGAUGGGGCAGUCCCUACCACAAGGAACAUGGAUAUGCCCGUGGAGGGUGAAUUUUCAAAUACAACUUGGCCUGGUUUGAUGAUAAGUCAUAUGGAACAACCUUGUUGGAAGGAAAAGAAUGGUAUCAGUGGUACGGGAGAUAACGGAAUUUUGCUUGUAUUAUUCUGUUUUUUAUAG